AUGGCCUUCAGCGGCUUCGGCAACUCAAACCCUGCUGGAGGGAGCGCGCAGGCGGAGCUUGGCCCGGAGCUCUCAGAUGUCUUUACUGAUGAGAUUGGCUUCAAAGGUGUCGCCGGCGACUGCAAUAUCCGCUUCCUCCCCACCCCUUGGCCUGUCGAUGCCCUUCCCUCCCCGACCUGCUCUCUGUUGGCCGUUGCGCAAAGCAAAGGCCUCGCAGUUGCCGCCGGACCUGAUGCGCUAGUUGUCGCAACCACCGAAUCCAUUCGAAAAUCAAUCGAGGCAUCAACUGAGGGAGAGAAAGUGAAGACAAAGUCGUUGAAACCUCUUGCGACCAUCCCGCUACCUUCUCGCCCGACACACAUCGCUUUCAACGCGAGUGACGACGCGUUAAUCCUAGCCACCGAGAAUGGCUCCCAGAUUUCGGUCUUCCAAACAACAAGCCUUACACAGGAUAACGCGCAACCUGCUUUAUCCGUCUCAACCAAUGGCGCUUCAAUUCGCGCUCUGGUCCCAAACCCCGAUUCCACCUCCAACCUCGUCGCCCUAGUCACAGUCAAUGGUGAACUCUUAGUUGCUGAUCUGAAGGCGGGAAAUUUGGUAUCGGGGGCCAACGGCCCCAUUCUCAGGAACGGUGUCAGCUGCGUUGCUUGGAGCAACAAGGGUAAGCAGCUUGUGGCUGGGUUGGCUGAUGGAACCGGGGACCAAAUGACAGCCGAUGGAACCAAGAAGGCUGAAAUCCCUCGGCCUGCAGAUUUGGAGGGUGAAUGUCAUGUUUCAUCUAUCUCAUGGCUAGAGAACGAUGUUUUCUUCGUUAUCUACACUCCCAAUUCCCUUGAUGAUAUGGGCGAAAACCCUCCCUCGUCUCCAUACAUCAUAACAAGACGCAAGGGUGCACCUUUCCUGAUCCAGAGAUUGCCUGAAGUGUGUUCGACCCUCGGAUUUAGACUGAAACGAGGCCCUGCCUACCAGUUCAUCACUCGGCUCCGCGAUUAUCAACCUCACAUGAAGGAUGUCCUCAUUGUCUCGUCCACCGCAUCUGCCGAUGUCGGUCUUGUCACACGAUCCGAUCAACCACUUGCCGACGACGAUAUCUCAAAAGGCCUUGUUGGCCAGUACGUUACUACGGAGAUCAAUAAUGAUAGUCAAAAAGCUGCUGUCCCGCUGAGAGAUUCAGCUGACGAGACGUCGAUUAUUGGCCUGGCCGCCGAUCUUUCGAGUACUGAGAAUGUCUAUUCACCAAUUCAAGGCCAAGAGGAGGAAAUUCCAGAAAGCUCAUCUCCUCUGCCAGGUUUGCUUCUCUUGAAUAACGAUGGUGUUCUUUGCUUUUGGUGGUUCAUCUACAACCAGGCCAUCAAGCAGCAGAUCUCAUACUCGGGGCUUGUAUCGGGUGGUCAAACUCAACAACUCUCUGCUUCAACAUCGACCCCUGCUCAGCAAUCUGCCUUUAGCCAGGCGUCCCCGGCACCACAGCAGCCUGCCUUCGGCCAAUCUUCCUUCGGCCAAUCUUCUUCCUUUGGUGCCUCUGCCUUCGGCAAGCCAGCUGGAGGUGCUUCUUUCGGCAGCCCAUCUACCAUGGGUGCAACCGCCUUUGGCAAGCAAUCGGGCCCGGCCUUCGGGAGUCCAUCUCCAAUGGGGGGUGCCGCCCCAGCUCCAGCCUUUGGACAACCGUCCGCCCCAGCUCCGUCCUUUGGAACGCCUUCUAAACCUGGAGCGACAUUUGGCACUGCUGGCACCCCAGCCCAGCCAGCAUUUGGCCAGUCGGGCUUCGGAGCACCGGCCCCUAGCUUCGGACAGCCUAACACUCCGGCAAAGAGUCUUCUUGGAACUGGCGGUGGGUCUACUGGCGGUGGCUUCAGUUCGUUCUCUGGAUCCGGCGGAGGCGGAUUCUCUAGUUUUGCUACCUCCAAGGCAGGGGAAUCUUCCUUCUCCAAGCCUGCUGGCGAAAGUUCAUUUGGUAAACCCUCUGAGCCCUCUCCAUUCGGCAAACCUGUCAAUGAUACCACUUUCCCCAAGCCAUCUGGCGAAAGUUCAUUUGGUAAACCCUCUGAGUCCUCUCCAUUCGGCAAACCUGUCAAUGAUUCCACCUUCCCCAAGCCAUCAGGCGAAAGUUCAUUUGGUAAAUCCUCUGGGCCCUCUCCCUUCGGCAAACCUGUCAACGAUUCUGUUUUCUCGAAGCCUUCUGGCGAGAAUGGGUUUGGAAAAUCUUCCAAUGCCUCUCCCUUCGGUAAACCUGCCGUCAGCUCCCCAUUCUCCUCGGUUGCUACCAAUAAAGCCAAGAGCCCGCUUGGAGAACCCAAGAAUGACUCGCCGUUCCCAUCAGCAGGGACCAGCCAGCUAACGAACCCGUUUGGCAAGCCUUCGAACGAUUCUUCAUUCCCUACUCCAGGUGCCAGCGAGACGAAUAACCCAUUUGGCCAGCAAAAGACAGGUGGUUUCGUCCUUGGGACUUCCUUCAAGCCGGAUGGCACUGCCGCCAAUGAUGGUCCGAAGUCCAGCAAGCCUUCUACUGGGGCCCUCUCGUUUGGUGCCUCGUUUGGGGAUACGGUUUCGUCUCCAGGCAAGGGCAGUCCGUCAAGCGAAUCCAUGGAUAGCGAUGAGAGUGAACCUGAAGAGCCUGCCAACAAAGAACCAUUCUCUAUCUUCGGCAAGCCUUCAAAUCAGACUCCAUCCAUGUUCAGCCCUCUAAGCUCAGAGAAUACGAAGUCGACCAAGGUGGAAACAAGCAAGUCGAAGUUUUCUUUCUCUAACAACAACUCCACCACGGCCAUCUCUAGUUCAACACAGAACCAAGUCACUAGUCCUCUGUCGGCGCCCUCUGACAAGACAGCGACACCGAGACGGGAGCAGUCUGUCUCCACGCCUACCUUCAAUUCAUCCUUCGACGCCCCGCUGCCCCCGGAUUCCAUGAGUAGGGCUAGCUAUGCAGCUGGCGACACCUCCGCAUCCUCCAACUCCUCCUCGCAAGAAGACGCGCCGCUUCCUCCUGACUUUCUUGCUGAGAAGAAAUCUUCGCCUAAGUUUGAUGAUGCUCCUCUACCCCCCGACUUCGUUACAAAGAAGCCAGCUGCGGAGACCGACGAUGCCCCCCUGCCGCCGGAUUUCCUACCAAAGCCUAAGAAGGCCGAGAGUCCUUCCGCGGUUCCCGAAGAGGCACCUCUGCCUCCUGACUUCCUUACCAAGGUGAAGACUGAGCCUAUUGAGGACGAGGAGACCGUACCGAUCCCUGAUGGUUCCGACGCGGACUUUGAAGGCGAGGGAUCCGACUUCUCUGACAGCGGUGAAGAAAUAACCCAUGACGACACCAAGAUCCCAAGCCCUGAGGCUUCCCCUGAGAGUUCGUUUGGCGGCAUAUCAGAGAAGAGUGCCACGGGUGGGCUUUUCGGUGGUUAUUUGGCGAAAUUCCAAAGCAGCCACUCCUCCCGCCCCCCUGGGCCUGUCGCUCAAAACAACCGCGAGCCUUACCGAUCCCCCAGUCCUACUCGUCUCAACUCCCAGCGAAACACAAUGUUCUCGAAGAAGCCCGAACAGCGAAAAGAGGCUGGAAGUGCCUUAGCGACUCGAAAAGCUUCAUUGUCACAGAUGGCUCAGCGUGGCGGGCAAUUACGCAAAGCUAGUACUAGCUCGCAAGAUGAGAAGCUCCGUGCCAGACAGGCCGCACAACGACAAGAGGAAGAGGAAGCCCUCUCCCUAUCGGAUGAUGAUGAGGACGAGCGACUCCGUGCGGACCUGGCUCGCCCUGUUGAACCUGUGGCAACUCUCGACCCUUUCCUCCCUCACCAAAACUACACAGGAGAGACGGCCAAGCCUGGCGUUCCAGGGAUGAUCGAACGUCUGUAUCGCGACAUCAACUCGAUGGUCGAUACGCUGGGCAUCAAUGCGCGAUCCCUGGAUGCAUACCUGCUCUACCAACAGCCUUCUCGGUCUUCGCAAGUUGCCACAUGGGUGGAAAUUCUGAAGAGCGAACAGCCCUCCGAUAUCCUUGACCAAGAAGUAUUUCUACAGAAUAUCACCAAUCUUGACGAGAUUGUCACCGCUCUUCGCACCUCUCUCGACGACCAACGUGUGCAGGGUGUAGAAGAGAAGCUUGCACAAUGCCACGAGCUGUUGACCAAGGAUAUCGUUAGUCUACGCAGCCUGUUUGCCAGUAUCCGGAAGAUUCUCGAUGCGCACACCGACACCGGUUCUAUCAUUGCGGCACCUCUUUCCGCCGAACAAGCUACACUCCAGCAGGAUCUUCGUACUCACUUCACUGAGAUCCAGGCAAAGAUGGCUGGUCUUGAAGAAGGCGUGUCCUUACUACGAGCCAAGAUUGCAGAUAUUCCCCGUGCCGAUGGAACAUCUGCUUCAAAUAGAAAGCGGCCCACUGUCGAAGCUGUUGCCUCUACCAUCGCUACUAUGAUGAGUAUGGCCGAGGGAAAGAGCAGUGACAUCGAUGUUCUCGAAGCUCAGAUGCGGAAACUUGGCGUCGACGUCUCCACGGUGUCUAGCAGCCGCGAAGGAUCACCCUUUACCACUCCCCGUAAGAAUGCGGGUCGUUUCCCCGCAACCCCGGGAUCGCGUGGAUCUGUCGAUGGUAGUUCCUAUCACACACCAGAGUCCGCCUCACGCGGCGUCAAUUUCCGGGCAAGCAUGAAUGGCUCAGCGAAACACAGCCGCCUUCGUAGUGUCGAGGGCGUUGGUCAGAUCGUUGUGCAGGAAGAGACUUCCCGCUGGAAGUCGAAGAAUUCCCGCCGCCAGCAUUUGGUAGGCAACCUGAAGUCUGCCAUCGAGAAGAAAGAUGUCAAGCUACGUACCCUGGAUGAUGAUUGGGUCGUCGUGGACAAGAAAUAA